GUUAUUGUGUUAUUCUAUUCUAUUUGCUGCUUCUUUGUUGUUUGAUCAAAGUUCAAGCAUUUUGUGUUCAAUUAAUUGGUUGUUGUUUUGAUUCGGGUCGAAUUUUAUCUUGUUUUUCAGCUCGAUUUAUACCGAUCGAAAACAAUCUGAGCUAAUAAUCUUUUACCAAAAUGGAUUGGAGUACAAAAUUUGAGUGGGAUAACCUUGAUAUCGACGGGUCGUGUUUUAACUUAUCGGAAGUUAUUGGCGACAGCGGCGGUUCUGUGUCGGACGUCGGAAAACAAUUCGUCGACAAAAACAAAGAGGGUUCGGUUUGCUCUAGUGAACCGUUUAUCGGGUUGAAACUUGGUAAAAGAACGUACUUUGAGAACGGUUAUGCGAAAAACAACAAAGUAUCUUCGGUUUUCGGUGUUCCUGUAUCGUCGGUUGUAUCUUCAGGGAAGAAAGUCAAACAGUCGGGUCAAAGUACGCUUGUUUCCAGGUGUCAAGUUGAAGGAUGCAACCUUGAUCUUUCGUCUGCGAAAGAGUAUCAUCGAAAACAUAAAGUUUGCGAAGGUCAUUCUAAGUCACCGAAAGUUAUUGUUGCGGGUCUUGAACGACGUUUUUGCCAACAAUGCAGCAGGUUUCAGAGUAUGUCAGAGUUUGAUGAGGAUAAACGAAGCUGCCGAAGAAGACUCUCUGACCAUAACGCCCGUCGUAGGAAACCUCAAAAUGAUCCAACACGUUAUAACGCAACAGACCCUUAUUCGUCAUUUUACGCUGCUGAAUCAAUGGAUGCGAUGACUCACUCUAGUGGGGUCCAGCUGCCGGAUGCUCUGAACACGUCAGCGUUUGCUUGCGAUAGGUUAGCGUCGUCCAAGGGUACCCGAGCUGAGAUUUUUGAUCAAGAUGCAGUCGACAUCCGACGUGCUCUCUCUCUUCUGUCAAACAAUACAUGGGGUUCAUGCGAGCUCGACCAUCCCAUACAUUCAACUGGUCCCACCAUGGUUCAACACGAGUUGCAUACGGUUCAUCAUGGUUCACAUCUUAGUUCCCAAGAUUACUGGCAGGCUAACCAACAACCAACCGAUCCCCACAUCCAGAUAACGAAAUCACCAUAUGAAAACUCGUUUCAGUUCCAACACAACGGAUGAUGAUGUAUUUGAAGCCCAUAUUUACGGUACUUAGAUUAUGUUUUAGACUUAAAAGCAUGAAUAUUUAUGUAAAGACUAAAGAGUAAACCAAGUCUUUUAUUUAGGCCCUGGAGACUAACGUAAAUCCGGUUGGUUUCAAAAUUAACGCCUGCGAAUUG